AUAACAAGUAUAAAAUAUUAAUGAUACUCUGAUUACAAAUUUGUUUAAUUUGGAAAGUAUUAAUUGAAAAUUAUUUUAAAAUUGCAUGUAAAUGCUCUGAUUUUAGGAGAAUUAUAUGAGUUUAUUGGUUUACAAGUACAAUCAUGACAGAAAGGGAUUACGCCCCUUUAAGCCCGGCCUGUGUCCGGGGUUUAUGUGACAAAAUAUAUGAAAAAAGGAAAUUUGCUGGCGGCGAGAUAGAAAAGAUGGUGAAAGAUUUUAGUGAUACAAAUAAUACCAAUCAAAUUAAAAGGUUGAUACGUGUACUUGGGCAAGAUUUAAUAUCAUCAACCAACCCUAAUGUAAAAAACGGUGCUCUCAUGGGCCUUUCAUCAGUAGCUGUAGGAUUAGGAAAAGGUUGUGAGUCAUAUGUGGGAGAGUUGACACAUCCAAUUGUGGCAUGUCUUGGUGAAAGUGAAGCUCGUGUUCGUUACUCGGCUGCUGAGGCUUUAUACAAUGUCUUGAAAAUUAUUAGAGCAGCUGCAUUACCAUAUUUUACCCUAAUAUUUGAUUCAUUAGCUCGAUUGGCAGCAGAUCCUGAACCACAAGUGAAGCAAGGAGCUGAACUUUUGGACCGCCUUGUAAAGGAUAUAGUAACAGAGAGCGCCUCAUUUGACCUCGCUGCUUUUGUACCACUAGUGCGCGAGAGAAUGUACACUCGCAGUGCGAGCGCACGUCAGUUUGCGGUUUCGUGGAUAUGCGCUUUAGAUGCUGCACCCGCCCUCGGUCUAAGGAAGUACCUGCCCGAUCUAUUGGAUGGACUGUUUACUAUACUUGACGACCCUAAUCCAGAAAUACGACGCAUGUGCGAAGUACAGUUAAACGAGUUUCUACGCAGCAUUAGGAAAGAGCAUUCGCAAGUAGAUUUUCAAGCCAUGAUCAAUAGUCUAAUUACCCAUGCGCAGUCUUCAGAAGAAUUACUACAGCUGACAGCCAUAACGUGGAUGCGUGAGUUUGUAGAGCUGUCGGGAGCCCGAAUGCUGCCCUUUGCUUCUGGCAUCCUCACUGCCGUACUACCCCCACUCUCCUACGCAGACGACCCCAGAAAAAAAAUUCGUGAAAUAGCCGCAACAGUAAAUUUGCAAAUGCAGAGGCUCGUUGAGUCUGAGUCUGAGGCGACAAAAACAGACGUGAAGGAAGAGGAUGUAGAGGGAAAAUUGAAUUUGGUGAGCGUGGUGGACGUUCUGACUCAGAUGCUCCUUCACAACUCAGUGCACACUAAGAUCGCGGCGCUUGACUGGAUUCUUCACCUCUACGACAAAAUGCCAGCCGAGAUGAGCCGCGAAACAGAACGCGUGUUCAACCCGGCCUUGGGUGCUCUAACGGACAGCUCACAUGAGGUGGUAAGGCGCGCCAUUGCCCUAUUGGCCGAGACCUGCACUUGCGACCCCACGGCGCCCCCAGUUACUGACGCAUCCCAAACGCCCGCAAGCAAUCUUGAAUCGAGCCCUUACUACCACAAGUUCCUGAAGGCGCUUCUGCGGUUGCUAUCCACCGACGAAAGCCUGCUGGAGGAGAGAGGAUCAUUCAUAAUCCGACAACUCUGCGUGGUACUGCCAGCAGAGGCAGUACUAGCGGCGUUGGCGGGUGCACUAGCGGCGGAACGCGAGUUGCGUUUUGCUGCGCGUCUGGUGGACGUCUUGUCCGCCAUUCUGCUCACGGCGCCAGAGUUGCACGCCACCCGACGCCGCCUGCGCUCUUUCGCUGACACUAGCACACACGCGCUCUUCCAGUCCCUGUAUCGAUGUUGGGCGCACUCGGGUGUUGCCUUAGUGGCGCUGUGUUUGCUCACACACAACUACCGACAUUGCACACAGCUCAUCGCCACCUUUGGAGACCUGGAGAUAACCGUGGAGUUCCUCACUGAGAUCGACAAACUCGUGCAGCUUAUUGAAUCUCCCAUAUUUGCAUAUUUACGGCUGGAGCUGCUGAGCGGUGAGCAAAGUACAGAGCUUCGGGGAGCGUUGUACGGGCUGCUAAUGAUACUUCCCCAAACUACCGCCUUCCACGCGUUGCGGCAUCGUCUUCAGGCGGCGCCACCUCCGCUACCAGCUUUACUACCGUCAUCCACGCAACACGCUGUACCCGUGAUUGACUUCGAAGAGUUGCUAGCUCACUUUCAACGUGUACAGGCCGCACACCGCGCCUAUCGCUUAGCCGAUCGCCGCUAUCUUUAGACUAAGAGGACUACCAUCAUAUUGGAUAUGUCAUACCAAAGGUACAAGGCUGUUUGUGAUCUCCACAGAAUAUAACACGUGGUUUUACGUGAGGCAUAGAGCGCAGAAUGAAAUGAAAGUGCCUUCAAAUUUAUAUGAAAACUUAUGUUGUCUAUGCAUACAAGUUAAUACAAUAAACGUAAGUAAUGAAAUUCGUAGAUUACUGAAAAGGAAUAGGAUUUGAUACUAGCUAAAUAUUUCCCAUUAUCAUUUUAUUAUAUAUCCCAUUUACCAAUGGCUAAGCUUACUUAUGUGUUUACGUAAAACGAUAUUUUAAUUUGCCUUUCAUUAUUCUACAGCACAAUCUAAAGUUAUCCAAAUUUUUGUCUUCUAUGAUUGUCAUGUCAGCUAUUACUUUUAUAUCAGAAUGGGAUUUUAAUUAUUAAUACUUUAGUCCACUUUUUUGCAAUGAGUUCAGAAAUUGAAAAGUGAAAUAUGAAAUUCGAAAAGAAUAUUUUUCUUACUGUUCAUCUGUGAUAAAA